GGGCUCUGGCCAAAGCGUCGCUCCGCGCCCGCCAGCCGCUCCCCGGGCUGCACUUUCACUUUCGGUCCUGGGGCAGCUAGGCCGGCGGCGGUGGUGGCGGCGGCGCAAGGGUGAGCGCGGCCCCAGACCCCCAGACAGAGUUUUGCUGUGUCGCCAGGCUGGAGUGCAGUGGCACAAUCUCAGCUCACUACAACUCUGCCUCCCAGGUUCAAGCGAUUCUCCUGCCUCAGCCUCCCAGGUAGUUAGAGCAAGAAGAUGGUGUUUCUGUCCCUCAAAUGGUCCCUUGCAACCAUGUCAUUUCUACUUGUUGGCUCACUGUUGGCUGUCUUAACUGUGUCCACUCCUUCAUGGUGUCACAGCAGUGAAGCAUCUCCAAAAGGUAGUGAUGGGACGCCAUUUCCUUGGAAUAAAAUACGACUUCCUGAGUACGUCAUCCCAGUUCAUUAUGAUCUCUUGAUCCAUGCAAACCUUACCACGCUGACCUUCUGGGGAACCACGGAAGUAGAAAUCACAGCCAAUCAGCCCACCAGCACCAUCAUCCUGCAUAGUCACCACCUGCAGAUAUCUAGGGCCAUCCUCAGGAAGGGAGCUGGAGAGAGGCUAUCCGAAGAACCCCUGCAGGUCCUGGAACACCCCGCUCAGGAGCAAAUCGCGCUGCUGGCUCCCGAGCCCCUCCUUGUCGGGCUCCCGUACACAGUUGUCAUUCACUAUGCUGGCAAUCUUUCGGAGACUUUCCACGGAUUUUACAAAAGCACCUACAGAACCAAGGAAGGGGAACUGAGGAUACUUGCAUCAACACAAUUUGAACCCACUGCAGCUAGAAUGGCCUUUCCCUGCUUUGAUGAACCUGCUUUCAAAGCAAGUUUCUCAAUCAAAAUUAGAAGAGAGCCAAGGCACCUAGCCAUCUCCAAUAUGCCAUUGGUGAAAUCUGUGACUGUUGCUGAAGGACUCAUAGAAGACCAUUUUGAUGUCACUGUGAAGAUGAGCACCUAUCUGGUGGCCUUCAUUAUUUCAGAUUUUGAGUCUGUCAGCAAGAUAACCAAGAGUGGAGUCAAGGUUUCUGUUUAUGCUGUGCCAGACAAGAUAAAUCAAGCAGAUUAUGCACUGGAUGCUGCGGUGACUCUUCUAGAAUUUUAUGAGGAUUAUUUCAGCAUACCGUAUCCCCUACCCAAACAAGAUCUUGCUGCUAUUCCCGACUUUCAGUCUGGUGCUAUGGAAAACUGGGGACUGACAACAUAUAGAGAAUCUGCUCUGUUGUUUGAUGCAGAAAAGUCUUCUGCAUCAAGUAAGCUUGGCAUCACAAUGAUUGUGGCCCAUGAACUGGCCCACCAGUGGUUUGGGAACCUGGUCACUAUGGAAUGGUGGAAUGAUCUUUGGCUAAAUGAAGGAUUUGCCAAAUUUAUGGAGUUUGUGUCUGUCAGUGUGACCCAUCCUGAACUGAAAGUUGGAGAUUAUUUCUUUGGCAAAUGUUUUGACGCAAUGGAGGUAGAUGCUUUAAAUUCCUCACAUCCUGUGUCUACACCUGUGGAGAAUCCUGCUCAGAUCCGGGAGAUGUUUGAUGAUGUUUCUUAUGAUAAGGGAGCUUGUAUUCUGAAUAUGCUAAGGGAGUAUCUUAGUGCUGAUGCAUUUAAAAGUGGUAUUGUACAGUAUCUCCAGAAGCAUAGCUAUAAAAAUACAAAAAACGAUGACCUGUGGGAUAGUAUGGCAAGUAUUUGCCCUACAGAUGGUGUAAAAGGGAUGGAUGGCUUUUGCUCUAGAAGUCAACAUUCAUCUUCAUCCUCACACUGGCAUCAGGAAGGGCUGGAUGUGAAAACCAUGAUGAACACUUGGACACUGCAGAAGGGUUUUCCCCUGAUAACCAUCACAGUGAGGGGGAGGAACGUACACAUGAAGCAAGAGCACUACAUGAAGGGCUCUGACGGCGCCCCGGACACUGGGUACCUGUGGCAUGUUCCAUUGACAUUCAUCACCAGCAAAUCAGACAUGGUCCAUCGAUUUUUGCUAAAAACAAAAACAGAUGUGCUCAUCCUCCCAGAAGAGGUGGAAUGGAUCAAAUUUAAUGUGGGCAUGAAUGGCUAUUACAUUGUGCAUUACGAGGAUGAUGGAUGGGACUCUUUGACUGGCCUUUUAAAAGGAACACACACAGCAGUCAGCAGUAAUGAUCGGGCGAGUCUCAUUAACAAUGCAUUUCAACUCGUCAGCAUUGGGAAGCUGUCCAUUGAAAAGGCCUUGGAUUUAUCCCUGUACUUGAAACAUGAAACUGAAAUUAUGCCCGUGUUUCAAGGUUUGAAUGAGCUGAUUCCUAUGUAUAAGUUAAUGGAGAAAAGAGAUAUGAAUGAAGUGGAAACUCAAUUCAAGGCCUUCCUCAUCAGGCUGCUAAGGGACCUCAUUGAUAAGCAGACGUGGACAGACGGGGGCUCAGUCUCAGAGCGAAUGCUGCGGAGUCAGCUACUCCUCCUCGCCUGUGUGCGCAAGUAUCAGCCGUGCGUACAGAGGGCAGAAGGCUAUUUCAGAAAGUGGAAGGAAUCCAAUGGAACCUUGAGCCUGCCUGUCGACGUGACCUUGGCAGUGUUUGCUGUGGGGGCCCAGAGCACAGAAGGCUGGGAUUUUCUUUAUAGUAAAUAUCAGUUCUCUUUGUCCAGUACUGAGAAAAACCAAAUUGAAUUUGCCCUCUGCACAACCCAAAAUAAGGAAAAGCUUCAAUGGCUACUAGAUGAAAGCUUUAAGGGAGAUAAAAUAAAAACUCAGGAGUUUCCAGAAAUUCUUAUACUCAUUGGCAGGAACCCAGUAGGAUACCCAUUGGCCUGGCAAUUUCUGAGGAAAAACUGGAACAAACUUGUACAAAAGUUUGAACUUGGCUCAUCUUCCAUAGCCCACAUGGUAAUGGGUACAACAAAUCAAUUCUCCACAAGAACACGGCUUGAAGAGGUAAAAGGAUUCUUCAGCUCUUUGAAAGAAAAUGGUUCUCAGCUCCGUUGUGUCCAACAGACAAUUGAAACCAUUGAAGAAAACAUCCGUUGGAUGGAUAAGAAUUUUGAUAAAAUCAGAGCGUGGCUGCAAAUUGCAGGGUGUUUUGCGCUGACUCUAAGGUGCGGAAAUCCUCACACCUGGCAAAGAAGAAUUCAAACUGAACUUUUUGAAUAUAAGGGAAAAACUUCAAGGUAAGGGAAGAUGAUUGAUAUGAAAAAUGUCAAAAUGUGUUCCUCUAAUACACGACAGAAUAGAAUGACUUCUGGACAUAAAUCUGCCAUUUAUUAAACUAAACUAUUCACCAUGGUAUAAAAGUGUAAACCAUACAAAUAGGUAUAAAAGUGGAAUUGGAAUUUUUAUACUUAUUUGUUGUAGUGAAUGGUUUAAUAAAAAUAGAAAUCACUGGUAAUUUCCACCCCAAACUAUUUCCCUUUAAAAAAAACACACAACCAAGAUGUUAAUGUAAAAUAUUUUGCUUUAAUUGUAUUUUAUGCCUUGAUUAAUGAAACAUGGAAAUACUAAUUUUCAGUUUUGGUCACCUGAGGAACCUAUCUUUGUUUGCUUUUGGAAAAGCCCAUUUUCUAAACAGAUACAAUAUUGCCACAAUGAUGUGCAGAAAUCUUUUUGAUGAUAAAAAUUGUUCUUUGCCUCUAA